AUUUACUCUCGAUCCCGCACACUGCUCGCUCCCAUCUUUCCCCUCUCCCCGUCUUCUCCUGUCAAGUCGUCGCCGCCGCCGUUCCCGCCGCCAGGCCCAGCCGCCCCCGUCGCCGGCCGGAGUCUCUCCUCCGCCGACAGAUCCGGCCGUCCCAGGCUGACUCCCGCCGGAUCCCGUCCUCGGCGCGGCCGGUCGCGCGGGGUGAGAGGAGCUGCGACACCAUGGCUUAGAGGAGCUAGGCCCGACGCCCGAGAGACCAUCCCGAGCCAGGAGAAGCACCAGGACGACCGCUCUUCUUCCCCGUCCCGAGCAAGAUAAACAUACAAUCUUAAUGGGGCAUGAUCAUAUCACUCAUAUAGAGAAGCUCACGGCGGAUGGUUCCGUUGCUGACAGGAAAUGUUGCCAGGAACCUGGCUGCGAUGAGAUCGUCAGUGGAAGGGUAAUGUACUGCAAUAGUCACACUAGAGGGCAUUCAUCCCAACAGCUUGGUUACCUCCAGAGUUCACAGAAAACCUCAGAUUUAUACAUGCCCCCUGUUAAAGGCAGACAGUGUACUGAACCCAGUGCCAGUGCAGAGCAAGAUGUAAGUAUCAAGUAUGAGGGGAAUGAUCAAGGCAAACUCAAUGAUAGAUCUGGGAAUACUCAGGGAAACACUGGGCAACUAAUCUUGGGUGGCCCUGACACACUUUGCAAGCACGACAACUGCAAAAAGCAGGCCCAGAGCAACGCAUUGUACUGCAAGCUACAUAGUGGUGGUAGUAAGGGUUGCCUAGUACGGGGCUGUGUGAAAGCUGCACAUGGUGGCACGCCUCUGUGCAUCGGCCAUGGAGGAGGGAAGCGCUGCAUUGUUACUGGAUGUCCAAACGCUGCAUGUGGCCAGGGCCGUAGCGAGCACUGUGUGAGGCAUGGUGGUGGCAAGAGAUGCAAAUUCGAAGGCUGCGUGAAGGGGGCACAAGGGAACACGGACUUCUGCAUCAGGCACGGCGGGGGAAGGCGGUGCAAAUCCGAAGGAUGCACAAAGAGCGCACAAGGCCGCACGGAUUUCUGCAUCAAGCAUGGCGGCGGCACCCGGUGCCAGUUCCAAGGAUGCAAUUCCAGCGCGAAAUGGGGGACGGACCACUGCUCCGUGCAUCGGAAGAGUUUGCUUGGCGAGACGCCUGAAGCUCUGCCGCUUCCUUCUGCCAAGCGUCGCGGGGCCAAGAAACCCAAAAAGGAAGUAAAGCCGCCGCUUCUGGCCUCCCAGCUGACUGUCACCACUGCUGCGUCUAGUGCUGGGAGCAGCACACCGCAAGCAAAGGGUAUUCUUCAUAUGCCUUCAAACCGUGAAUUGUCGCACAAGAUCGUGAUGGCGGCCGGGCAGGCUGCCAUGGCUCCUGCUCAGGUUUUACCACUGUCCAUGAAACCUCCAGCACUGUCCAUGAAACCUCCAGCGCCACCGUCGGGGACGGAGAAGGAAGGCGCGACGAGCAGCACGACACUGAAUCUUUAGAAAACAUCCAUGGUGCAGGUGACUGCUUGCAUUGCAUGCAGGCCGUCAAUCUCUGAUUACUGUUUCGGACCAAAAACAUUCAUGGUCUUUAGGAGGAGACUUGUCCAUGGUAAAAGUUGUUGCUGCCGGCUUGACAUCGCUUUUUUCUGUUUGGUCUUUUUUCCGUCUAACAUGUCAAAUCUAUAUAUUCUGUAAUGGCGCGUGGUGCGUCGUUGUGUGGAAACUGCUUCCCUCGUCGGACUAUAUGAGGUUGUGGACGAUUGGCUAGAAA